AUGGCGUCUGAAACGAUCACUUUGCCCGCUCAAACCUCAACGAUAUUGACUGUCAAUGAGCGCAACAGCGCUCGCAACGAGGACGCGCUUACGACGAGCUCUGUGCUGUUGCCUCAGCUUCGUCAACGGAUUCCCAAGGUCGUGAGCGCACAUGGCAACUACCUUGUAACAGAUGAGGGUCUGGAAAUUCUAGAUGCCACAGGAGGUGCCGCAGUUGCAUGCCUUGGCCACAACAAUCCACGUGUCAAAGCGGCGAUGGUCGCGCAGCUUGACAAUCUUACUUACUGCUACUCUCAGUUUUUCACCACUCCGCCCGUCGAGAAGCUCUCCAAGCUGUUGACUGACUCGACGGGUGGACUCAUGUCAAGAGUUUUCAUCGUCAGCUCUGGCACAGAAGCUGUUGAGGCAGCAAUCAAAAUGGCGCGGCAGUACUUCACCGAGCUGCCCGAACCUCAGAUGCAAAGAACUCGAUUCAUUGCGCGGAAGCAAUCAUACCAUGGUAACACUCUGGGUGCGCUUGGCACCGGAGGACAUCCGGCCCGACGAGCGCUUUACGAGCCAAUACUUUCUACAAACGUCUCCCAUGUUUCAGCAUGCUACCCGUACCGAGAGAUGAAGGAGUCGGAAAGCAAUGAACAGUACGUCGCUCGACUCGCGCAGGAGCUCGAAGAUGAGUUUCAGCGAGUGGGCCCCGACACUGUUUGCGCAUUCAUUGCUGAGACUGUGUCAGGCGCGACGUUGGGCUGCGUGCCCGCCGUUCCAGGUUACUUCAAAGCAAUGAAAGAAGUUUGCGAUCGGCAUGGCGCCCUUUUCAUUCUUGAUGAAGUCAUGUCAGGCAUGGGCCGGACUGGCACAAUGCACGCGUGGGAGCAAGAAGGAGUCGUGCCGGAUCUCCAAACUGUUGCCAAAGGUCUUGGCGGCGGCUAUUCGCCCAUUGGUGCUCUCCUGAUCAGCAAAAAAGUGGUGGAUGCCCUAAGUAGCGGAACCGCUGCGUUCUCGCAUAGUCAAACCUAUCAGGGCCACGCUCUUGCUUGUGCUGCGGCGUAUGAAGUUCAAUGCGUGAUCAGAGAGCAGGGACUCCUCUCGAACGCCAGGGAGAUGGGCGAAUAUUUAGGACGGCUACUUCAGGAGCGCCUCGGAGAUCAUCCCAACGUUGGUCAGGUCCGUGGGCGAGGAUUGCUUUGGGGCGUCGAAUUUGUGCGAGACAAAGCGAGCAAGGAGCCAUUUCCUGCGAAGGAAAGGUUAGCCAAGAGAUUGCAUGACACAGCAUUGGACAAGGAGUUUGCGAUAUCUCUUCUUCCAGCAAGUGGUACAGCUGACGGCAAGAACGGCGACCACAUCGUCAUUGCCCCUGCUUAUAAUAUCACCCGCGCCGAUGUAGAAAACAUCGUGGAUCGCACAGCGAGAGUAAUUGAGAAAGUUUUGGGUUAG